AUUUCAAACUUGCACGCAAACUCCUCCCAUCUCCAUUUUCUUAAAGACUCAAACUUUUUUUGUUUUUUCAUCUCAGAAUUGAAGACCCUCAAAACCCAUAAUGGCAAUCUUGCUCUCUUCUUCUGCUUCUGCUUCAAUCUUCACAUCCCCACAAUCCCAAUCCCUCAAGCCAUCUCUCCCUUUCUUGAUCUCCACUGUUAACCCACAUCGAAAACCUUCAGGAAGAUCAAAGAGGUUCUCUCCUUUAAGAGUAGCAACCCAGCCUCAGACCACUGACCUAGGUCAACCCACCAAAACAAAACAAGAUGGGGAAAGUUACAAUCUUGAGAAUGAGGUUGAGGAUGAAAGCUCGGGAACUAAGUUCAAUUGGAGAGAUCAUUGGUACCCAGUUUCUUUGAUUGAAGAUUUGGACCCUAAAUUGCCUACCCCAUUUCAGCUUCUGGGUCGAGACAUUGUCUUGUGGUUUGAUAGGAAUAAGCAGGAAUGGGUGGCUUUGGAUGACAAGUGCCCUCACCGCCUCGCGCCAUUGUCUGAAGGGAGGAUUGAUGAAGGUGGAAACUUGCAGUGUUCAUACCAUGGAUGGUCAUUUGAUGGCUGUGGAUCCUGUGUUAAGAUUCCACAGGCUUCACCUCAAGGUCCUGAAGCUCGGGCUGUACGGUCUCCAAGAGCAUGUGCUACAAGGUUUCCGACACUGGUGUCUCAAGGCUUGCUCUUUGUUUGGCCUGAUGAGAAUGGUUGGGAAAGAGCCAAUGCCUCCAAGCCUCCAAUGCUACCUGAUGAAUUUGGCAAACCUGAGUUUUCGACAGUGACAAUCCAGCGUGAUCUCUUCUACGGCUAUGAUACCCUCAUGGAAAAUGUGUCUGAUCCUUCCCACAUUGACUUCGCUCAUCACAAGGUUACAGGAAGGAGAGAUAGAGCGAAACCUUUGCCAUUUAAACUGGAAGCUAGUGGCCCUUGGGGCUUUUCUGGAGCUAAUGAGGGCAACCCGAGGAUUACUGCUGAGUUUAUAGCGCCUUGUUAUUAUUUAAAUAAAAUAGAGAUUGAUACAAAGCUUCCACUAGUUGGUGAUCAAAAAUGGGUUAUAUGGAUUUGUUCCUUCAAUGUUCCAAUGGCACCAGGGAAGACUCGCUCUAUUGUUUGUAGUGCUCGAAACUUCUUCCAGUUCAGCAUGCCAGGGCCUGCUUGGUGGCAGGUGAUUCCUAGAUGGCAUGAACAUUGGACUUCAAAUAAGGUGUAUGAUGGAGACAUGAUUGUCCUUCAGGGUCAAGAGAAGGUCUUUCUAUCCAAGUCAAAGGAGGAAUUUGGUGAUGUUAAUAAGCAGUACACGACAAUUACAUUUACACCCACACAAGCAGAUCGUUUUGUCUUGGCAUUUCGAAAUUGGCUGAGGCGGCACGGGAACAGCCAACCUGAGUGGUUUGGUACAAGUGACCAGCAACCGUUGCCGUCAACUAUCUUAUCAAAACGUCAGAUGUUGGACAGAUUUGAGCAGCACACCCUUAAAUGUUCAUCAUGUAAAGGAGCUUAUACAGCAUUCCAGACAUGGCAGAAGUUGCUAACUGGAGCAGCAGUUGUUUUCACCUCAACGGCCGGGAUCCCUUCAGAUCUGAAGUUACGGAUCAUUUUGGCAGGGUUUGCCCUAGUGAGUGCUGGGUUAGCUUAUGCUUUACAUGAACUGGAAAAGAAUUUUGUUUUUGUUGAUUAUGUACAUGCUGACAUUGAAUAAAGAUGUAUAGAUAGGGAGUAGUAUUGCAUCUGUAAAGAGACUUCUUCGUACUUUGUGUAAGGCCUUAGAAAUUAGAAAGUAGUUUGAAAGCGUAUCAUGGUUGAUUAUUAGUAUUAGCAUCAUAAGCAAAAGGGUUCAAGUCUAAAAUUAACCCCUUACUUGAAGAGCCAUUGGCUCCAUUUGGGUGAUAAAACAAUUGAAAAGAUAUUGAUUAUAUGUAUUAAAAUGAGAGCUUUGCUAUUUAUCUAAGCAAUACAUUAGAUUGGAAUGAA